AUGUUAAAAAUUAAUUCAACUGCACUUUAUUCCUUAAAUUUUACUUUUGAAUUCAUAAACUAUUCAGAUUUUAUCCAUUAUAUUAAAUAAAUUUUGGUUCUGAAGAUAUUAAACCAUAAUAAUAUAUUAAAAAAGAAAGACAUCAAGUUUAAAAUCUCAAAUAAAUUUAAUCCUUUAAAACUUUAAAUAACUCUUAGAGUUCUUGAGUUAAAUUAACUCCAAAAUAUAUUAUUUUAUGAUCCCAAAUGGAAAGAUUAUGAUCCAUAAUUGGUUAUAUAGGAAACCUAAGAAUAUUUAGAAGAGAAUCAUGAUGAAUGA